AUGGAAAACAAUUCGGAAUCAGCCUUGGAAGAAUUCCAGUCAGAUCAAGAACUAAGAGUGAACGUGAUGAAAAACAUCAUCGCAUCUUUCAAUUGUCAAAUCCACCAUGAGAUCAUUAAGGAGAAAAUAGGUUUCGCGGUAUGGAUGAUUGGUGAAUAUUCAUCAUCCAUUUCAGAUAUCGAAGAUGGAUUAUCCGCUAUCAAACGAAGCAUUGGAGAAUUACCUUUCCCUAAUAAUCCUCCUACUAAUGAUCACAAUAAUAAUGUUCAUACAUGUCUUUGGUUUGAAGAGUGUCGUCGAAAACUACUUAUCCAAGGAGACAUGAAACUCCAAAUUCAAAUAGCCAUCGCACUAACCAAACUUACCGAUAAACUAACAGACGUUGUUUCUAUAUAUCAAGAAAGACGAGAAAGGACAGAAUCUGCUAUGUUGAUUGCGUCGAUGCAGUUGCUGCCUAAACCCGUUAAUUUGGGACGUUUGACAACUGCUUUUUACAGUGGAGAACUUAGGAGAUGCAUCAAGUCUAUAAGCCAUCGAGAUGUGGAGCUUAAACGGGCCUGUGAUAAAGAAAGUGGUGAGAAAUUGAUUAGCUUGCUUACCAAGAAACUGCAUGAUGAUGAACAAAGAUAUUUGUGUGACCAAGCGUUGUUUCAGUUCAUGGAAAGCAAUAAAUCAGACCCAGAGCUUGAUGAUGAUUUUAGUGAAAUCUACAAGGAGUACACUGGUCCUCUAUCCACUGUGACCAACAACAUCCAAGAGAAAGAGAAACCAAUCAAACAGCCUGAAGAAGCAUGUGAUGAAGAAGAGCAGCAACUACCUGACCCCAAUUCCGUACCAACUGAUUUCACCAGCCGAGAGGCUAAGGUUUGGGAGGCCAAAUCCAAAGCUACUGAGAGGAACUGGAAGAAGAGAAAAGAAGAAGAAAUGAUCUGUAAAAUAUGUGGCGAGUCUGGUCAUUUCACUCAGGGAUGUCCAUCGACACUUGGUGCCAACAGAAAGUCUCAAGAGUUUCUUGAAAGGGUUCCGGCUAGGGACAAGAAUGUGAGAGCUUUGUUCACUGAGAAAGUUAUCGAAAGGAUUGAGAAAGAGACCGGCUGCAAGAUUAAAAUGGAUGAAAAGUUCCUGAUUGUUAGUGGCAAGGACAGAUUGAUCUUGAGGAAAGGUGUAGAUGCUGUUCACAAGGUUAAGGAGGAUGGCGAGGUUAAAACUUCUUCUGCCUCUCACAGGAGCAGGUCCAGGUCACCUAGGCGAGUCUCUGUUGGUCCCCCUCGUGCUGCUCGAAACUCUGAACCUCAAAGACAGCACCACCCGCCGCCGUCACAUGGUUUCUCAGAGCGACCGGGAAGGCAAGAUAGGUUUAUGGAGAAUCGUGUUCGUGAGAACCAGCGAAAUGCUUCCCGAGGAUCUCCACAAGCUUACGGUAGUGAGAGAGCUCGGAGUCGUUCUACACAUUCGAAAUCUCCAGGGAGACCACGUUAUAGUGGAUGGGAUAAACCGUAUGAUAGGCAAAAGCCUGAGGUGAGUGGUUAUAGGUCUGAAAGAUGGGAUCAGGAGAGAAUGGUUGGUGGCUCCAGCGACGUUCAGGUGAGUCAUCAGUUUGAACGCCCUGCUUUCCCGCAGACGUUAGAGGAACUAGAACUGGAAUAUACAAGGGACGCAAUGGAACUUGCAAAGAAACGUGAAAAGGAAGAAGAUGAGGAGAACAACAAGCAUCGAGAGACAAUGCGGGAACUGAGAGAGAGUUACAUGAAGAAACUGGGUGGGCUAAGGGGUUUGAAUGCUGAACAAUGGGAAGAGUUCCUUCAACAGGAUGCUCAGAGACGACAACAGCAAGCAAGGCAGCAGAGCUCUGGUCUGAGUUAUGGUAGUAACAACUAUAGACAGUUCCCUCCUUAUGCUGAUCAGUUUGAUGAUGGGUACUCUGCAAAUCCUCCUCCUCCCUAUGGUGGAAACAAUGUGCCGAUGGAUUCUGAAGGCAGAUAUCCAAACCAUGUUAAAAACUAUUCCUCAAGGCAUGAAGACAACAAUUAUGGUUCUGGUUUCCAACGCCAGAGACGUGAGGACUAUGGGAAACCGUACAACAACCAUCGUUAUUAG